AGGCCUCGUUCCGGUCCGCCAACCGACGGCCUGAGCGGGUCCGGGGGCGGGAGGCCAGAGCAGCUGUCAGGCCGAAGUCCGGCUAGCUACGCGCGGCGGGGUGGCUGGAAGAAGCGCGGCGCCCGGCCGGGCCCUGGAGAUGGUCCCCGGCGCCGCGGGCUGGUGUUGUCUCGUGCUCUGGCUCCCCGCGUGCGUCGCGGCCCACGGCUUACGCAUCCAUGAUUAUUUGUAUUUUCAAGUGCUGAGUCCUGGGGACAUACGCUACAUCUUCACAGCCACGCCUGCCAAGGACUUUGGUGGUAUCUUUCACACAAGGUAUGAGCAGAUUCACCUUGUCCCUGCGGAACCUUCAGAGGCCUGCGGGGAACUCAGCAACGGUUUUUUCAUCCAGGACCAGAUCGCGCUGGUGGAGAGGGGGGGCUGCUCCUUCCUCUCCAAGACCCGGGUGGUGCAGGAGCACGGCGGGCGGGCAGUGAUCAUCUCUGACAACGCGGUUGACAAUGACAGCUUCUACGUGGAGAUGAUCCAGGACAGUACCCAGCGCACAGCUGACAUCCCCGCCCUCUUCCUGCUCGGCCGAGAUGGGGAGGAAACUGAGGCCCAGAGAGGGUACAAGGCUUGCCCAGGGUCCUUCAGGACCAGUGCUCAGACUGCUAAUCCUGGAUCCCGACAGCCUCCUGCUCAAGAACUCAGGAAGCGGUGGUUCAGCCCCCGAGGAAAAGCCUCCUCGUUCUGUAGCCUGGUCCUGGGGAUCCACACUGGACCUCAGAGGAGCCCUGCUCUUAGACCUGAGAAACGUUUGCACAGCAGAUAUAGACGAGACGAGGGAUGCAUCCAAACUGGGGAGCUGGAGCUCCCAUCUCCUGCCGUCACCUGCUCUGUCCUAUGCAUUUUGGGACCAUCCACGUGUUGCCUGCUUGUCAAGCCAUCCUCCACAAAGCAUUCCUGUAAAGGCCUGUCACCAUUCAUGUUUUAUUGAGAACAGUGGGCAGAGGGGGAGGAGGGGGUGCUGGCUACUCUGAAGAAUUAAGAACCCAAUAGGCUAGUCAGGCAGAUUCCACCUGCUCACGAUCCAGGAAAGGGCCCGUGGGGCGGCACCUGGCUUCCCUAGGAUCCCUCAGCAGGGGCAUGCGGCAGGCCCCUCAGGGAAAGGGGGCAGGAAAGAAUUGCGGGUGACAGGUUACAAUUUCCACAGCUUCCAACCCAAGAGCAAGGGGUGGUGCUAAUCUGGGGAGGAGGAGGACAGUCAGGGCUAAUCUUGAGUAUCCAGCCCAGCUCUUCUAGGUUUCUGGAAGACUUGUGUUCCUCUGUGGAGAUCCUAAAGAUGGAGAUUGAGACCAGGAGAGCCCCUCACUGAUGAAAGUUCUAGAAGACUCUAGAACAUCCUCAGUUAGGGAACAGAGGCCUUUCACCCCCCAAGUCUCAGCCAUGCUGCUAGAGUCCUAAAUGGAUGAGGGUAAGAGGAGGGGUUGCUGGUCCCCCCAUACCCCUCCCAAGGGAGGCAGACACCUCUUCCAGACCCUGUGAGGCUAGCCACUGUACCAGGGCCUAGAGGCAAGGCACAAGUACAGAGAUUCUGGGGGAGGGGCUCAUCUCUAUUCCCCGAUGUCUAAACGGUAGGUGAGGUGGGGAGAGGGGGGUAAUCCCCGUGGUUCAGUCCUCCCCACAGAGCGCCUAAGAGAAGGUGCAGUGGGGCCCAGUUCCCCACUCCUGCCUCUCCAGGCUGUGCCAGUGGUCAGGCUACAAGAGUGGGAGGUAGGGAAGUUGGUAAGGGCAUCAUGGCCCCUGUCUUCUUCAAUGGAGUCAGGGUGUUCUCGGGUUGCCACUCUGUUACUGCCCCCCUCCCCCCAUACUGAGUUGAGAGGGCUGAAGCCUCAAGCGGAUGAGUAAGUGGGGCCAUGGGGAAGAACACUGUUAGGCCCUGACCUUGGUUCCAGCCACUUACAUCCGAACCUCAGGGGGAAGCCAGUUCUGAGCGGCUCAGUGACAGCGCAGAGCCUGAGCCACGCAGCAGCAGUGUCCGGGCGUGAGGUCCGGCGAGGGGAGAGGGCCUAGGGUCCAGCCUGUCUUACCCUCCGGCAGAAAGAGUGCUGAAAUGGGGGGGAAGUGGGCGACAGGAGUGGGGUGUUCCUUCCAAGCCUCUGCUCUGGGGAAAGGCCCCCUCUUCUGUAGGGUCUGGGGUAGGAGUGCUUCCGAGCAGGGUGACAUCACACAUCAGUCAUCUCAUCCCCCAGCUCCGCAUCUUCCGGCUCUCCCUCCUCCUCCUCUUCCUCCUCCUCCUCCUCCUCAGAGGUCAUGUUGGGCUCAUCGGCCUCUGCCAGACAUUUAGGGCAGGAACAGACGAACAGAUAGUUCUCCCUGCAGGGGGUGAGGGGGCAUGAUGGUGAGGGCAGUCAGGCAGCCACUGGAAUGGAGGACCCCAGAGCCCCGCUGCCCACCGCAGCCCCCGCUGGCACCUGAGGAUCUUGUGGCGGCUGUGGCGGCUUCGCUCCCGCUGACAGCAGUCUAAGUAGCUGAUGCAGAUUUCCUAAGGGGCACAAGAGAGGCGGGCCGAUGGUCUUUCUAACAGGUGGGAUUAGGGCCUCCCCAACCUCUGCCCCGUGUCCAACCAUUGCCUCGUCCCCAGGAGCCUGAGCUGCCCUUCAGCAAAAGGGCAGGCCACCCCAAUCCAUCCCCUUGUGCUCAGAGCAGGGAGGGGACUGUGAGGCUUUGACAGUCUGAACUGGGGGCUAUGGUUGGGCCUCAGGCCAUGGCCAAGGUCUGUCUGUGGCUGGGGCAGAGGUUAUCUUGCUAUGAAGCUACUUGCCCUGAAAGAAUUUGCAAGCAGGCUCUGUGUACUGCUCUAACAGCCAGGACCCCAAACCACAUUAGCAACCCAUAGUCCAAGCCACAAAGGGCCAUUUCCUGUUUGCUUAGAAGCUGCAGAUUCCUUGAUCAAAAAGCAGCUGGAGACAAGAACUCAGGCACACAGUGCUCUCUCAAACACUGCUGAGGCUUUCUGGAGUUAUUUUUUGAAGUGAGGUGGGGUCAGAGCACACUCAGAGGCACGACUAAGGUCCUGCAGCAUGAAGGGAUUCACCCCAACAGCCUGAAUCUGGGGCUGGAGCCACUGCUGCUCCUGAUUCCUGGAAAGAACUUGCCAGGCCUCCUGCCCACCCACCCCCACAGCUACUUGCCCCCUCACCUCUCCUGCCUUAAUAUCCUCCAGGGCGGUGACAUGCAAAAGGAAGUUGUUUUCUGGGAAGGAGGUCUCUGCAUUGGGGACACAGCUGUGGUUGCCUGGGUCAUGAGAGGCAGGUAAUGAGGAUUGUUGACUAAGAAAAAUAACAGCCUUAACUGUGCAGAGCCCUGGGCCCCGUCUUUCCUUGUUCUCUGAUCCCUGCUAGGGCUGUGCAGGUCCCGGGGCCCCGGUGUCCUGUCUCCCUGUCCAGCGCUCUUUCCUGAAGAGCACAGGCCCAGAUGUGCUCCCACAUCACUGCCCUGCCCCACCUGCCAUGCCUGGCCCUGCUCUUCUCCUCACUGGUCCCCUUGAUCCUCAGCUGUUCCCAGUGUCUCACAAAGGGAGGGACAGGGCUGUGAAAGGGAUGCCCGUGCCUGAAACUUAACUCAGGCCUGUCUGUUACUGGUAACAGCUGGGAGCCUAGUUUGGGAAAGGUAGUGUCCCCAGAGCCUGGGAGGAAAGGUCUGCGGUGAGGAGAGCAGAGGGUGGGAGGCCGGGAUCUCGAAAAACAGUCUGAACUGGCUCUGUCCCUCCAUCAGGUGCUGAUGAGACUGCCUUCCAGCCUGAGCUCCUCCUGGGUUCUUAGGACACUCAGGACUCACAGGGCAGUGGUGGGGCAAAACCCAGGGUUCCCUGUGCAAGAAUCAGAGCUCUGUGCCCUGCCUUAGCACCAGGCCAGCCCACUGGAAAGCAUGAGCAGUCCAAUAAAUGAAUGAAAAGUGAUAUGGGAGACCAAGCGGAAAUCCUCAAGCUCAGCCCUAAUCCCACUCCCAGACUCAACUACCAGCCCAGAAGGGACCAACAGAGGUGAACUGCAGCGUGAGGCUGCGCCUUCUCAAUGCCGGGACUCACAGCAGCUCUGCAGCACAAAGAGGCCAGAUCCUUCACAGUUAAGAAACUCGCCGGUUGCUGUAAGACAGUCGUAUGCGGAUGGUAUUACGUCCAUGUCAUAGGUAGGAAAAGGAAAGUAGGCUUAUAAGGACAGGCAUGGCUCCACUGUCUGCCACCCAGUCACUACCAUUUACUUGACAAUGCUUCUCUGAGGCACAAGCUUGCUUUCCUAUACAUGAUACCAACGCACGAUCUGGCACUCCCCCACCCCCCGCAUGAGGCCUCUGCAUGGACCACAGGGCCAUUUCUCGUGUAUGCCCUGCAGACAGGCAUGAAGCUUCACACAGGGAUUACCUUCCCCAACCAUGAACUCAGAGCUCCUGGGGGAAGACUGUGUCCACCAACUGACUGAUGGGGGCUUCCAAAGUCAGGUGAAGCCAAGACUCCAUCUCACCAACCUGCCUCGAUGUCCUUGUACAGCUGGUCAAUGAAGGCGUCCAGCUGCUCACGGUCCUGAGGCUUCAGCUCCAGAGCAUCACAGGCAUGGACCCACUGGCUCAGGGAGCUGGGGGUCCCAGGCAGCCAUGGUUGGAGAGGAGAAAGACCCAGCUCACAGGGCUCUCCACCUCCAAGCAAGUUAAGUCCAUUUCUUUCUCCCGAGAGGGGGUGGGGGUGGGGGUUGGUAGGUGUGUCCUUUCCCAACUAAGCGUUCCCAAGAAAGACUUGGUCUGUCUGACCCUCGCCCCUGAGUUUAGUCCAGCAUUCUGGCCAGAGUCACACCCUGCCCCACCCUAGUCUUGAAAGGAGCUUGGCUACUUUUCUCAAUCUCCCACCCCAGCCCCGAGGGACAAGUCCAAGAGCUCUGGAACAUUCUCUCCUAACCUGGUCCCAAUUCCUUGGCCAUUGGUCCCAACAAGAGCAAAGAGAGACCGGAAUCCAUCCGGAGUGAACCACUGUGGGGAGAAAGGAGAAGGGCACUCAGUGGGCAGCCACUUGCUCUUCUUCCUGAUACAACUCUGUUGAGGAAGCUUGUUGUGAGUCAGUCCCACCCCAACUCUGUAAGACCAGGUCUGCUCUCGCUUAGCUGUCCCAGGCAGACACGCUACCCUGGUUGCUCCCAGAGGGCUGGAGUGACUGGGAGGCCACUGGUUCCACCUUCCCGCACUCACCUGGCUGAGUGCUUCUUCAUAAAGCGCCUCUGUGAAGAGUCUCCGCAGUAGCUCCAGCUGACCCUGGGUUAGGGAAAGCAGGGAGAGACCUGCAGCUCUGGGGUUUCCCCUUAGCACCCAGGCAGGGCCCAGAAGACCAUGUAAGGGAAGGAAAAGGGUGAGCUCUAAAGACAGCUUUCCCAGGGGGCAAAGGAAAGCCAUGGAGUCCUGAUCUCCUAAGAGCCUUGGCAGUCUGCUGGUCUUUUCCAACCCAGGGUAGCAAACCCCCAAUUCCUAUUUUCUAGCACUUAUACCAGCACCACCUUCCAGAGCAGCUUGACGCUCCUCUCCUUUCCCCAGAUUCAGUGCAGGAAGGCCUGCCCCAAAAGCCCUUUUACACCUGCCUCCCCCUUCAGGCAGCUCCUGCACAGAAGUCUGCUCUCCUCAGGGAGAAUGCAUAACUCUUUGGUCUGAAGCAAGUGCUCAGUACAUGGGCAACUAGAAGUCUGUUUCACCCCACUUCCUAACUUGCAGAUCCCCUCAAUCCUCCAUUUUUCAUUACACUUGAUUUGCCCACUGCUAUCUGAUCAUGGGGUCCUGCCUCCCAUAUCAGGGCACCCAGCCCCUCCAUCCUUGGUCAUCACCCCACUUUGCAAUUUUAAGUCCACAUUAGGUUAUGAAGUUAAACAGCAACAGAAAUACAAGUCUCUGAAUAGAUUUUUGGAUCCAGGCGCGAACUUCUUCCUGUGACUGGGAAGGGAGCAAGUGUGAAGCUUCCUCCAGGUAGCCAUAGACAGCCCAGGCUACUAGCAGGGGUGGGAGGGUCAUGGGGGGAGACCAACCUUGAAUUUGUCCCCUAGGAGUUUAUGGACAAUCUCUUCCUCCUCAUUAGCAGUUUUAUUACAGAACUGGGAGAAGAGCCUGAUCCAGCGAUCCUUAUCCUUAGCCUGUAGUGAACAAAUAUACUUCAAGGUCAGGUUGAUACAUGCCCAUGCAUGCAUGUGCACAGAUGGACUCACAGACACCCUCUUUACUGUCAUUCCCGCCCUUGUGGGAAGAGUCAGCUGUCAUUCCAAAGCCCCCAGCCCUCAGAGAAACACCAUCACACAUUAGCUUCUAGGUAGACUCUUCCUCCCAGCCCUGCCCACACCCAACCAUCUCCCCAGCUGCUGCCAAGCUAGCCAAUUCACAACACUUGGGAAAAUAGAAUGAGGCUGAGGAGCAACAAUAUUAAAGAAGGGGUCAGAGCAGCUUCUCUUGCUGUACCUAAAGAGAUACAAUCCUGAAAAGGUGAUGCUUAUAAAUGGCACACAUGAACUGCUGCUGCACAGGCAGUCAUCUCAUAGAUCAAAGAUCACAGGCAAGAUAAGCCCCCCUCCCCCUGCCAGAUUUAUGGUUAGCCACUCCUAAGGUUUACACGCAAGCAACUCUUCUUUGAGAGGCCCAGAAAGAACUCUGUAUCCAAGCCAGAGUCUUAAAGUAAGAAGGAAACUGAAGUCAAGGGUUGAUUGAGGCUAGAGUCAGCUUUCUCCGGAAGAUCAGGUGGGCUCACCUGUUUUACUGUGGCCACCAUCCGGGCCAUCAACAUGAUGCUUGCAGUCUCAGGCGGGUAGUGAACACUCCUGGGGAGAAAGAUAAAGGUUUGGCCUAGAAAUUCCCUUCCCAGUAGCCGAAUUCAGGAAAGCCUGGUCUGACUGCUAUAGAGAAUCCUUCCUACCAAUCCCAUUCAUAACCAAAGAGGGAAAGCUACUGGCAAGGACAAUGGGCAGGAUUUUAUAUCUCUAUGGGCUUAAUGAGGCUCUUCUGGGAGUGUGUAAAAUGCUGAGGAUGGUGGGGCUGGCAGCUCAGAUUUAAGGCAGGGGGAAUGUAGGUGAAAUGACCUCUGUUUGGCCCUAAGAAUGGAGGAAAAAUCCAGGCAGUGGUAACUUAAGAAAGAUGGCUGCAUCUGCUGAGCACCACGAAGACAGGCAAGGAGGGAAGGAUAAAGGAGAGAAGAGAGGAAAUGCUACCUACCUCCAGGCCUCCUGCAGCUUAUUGAGAGGAUGCGCGGGGUCAUCCUGGGAGGGGCCUGGGCACAGGAUCUGAUGGUAUUGCUCAGCUGCGGCCAGUCGACAUUCUGCACUGCAGUACGUCACCUGUCGGGGGAGGUGGAGGUCAGCACCCGAGGAUCUGGCCUGGGGUGAGGCACAGACACCUGUGUGGCCUCACCUCCUCUAACUUUACUCCUCCCACAAACAGCCCCUGAGCAGCAGUCAGUGGCAUUAUGGUAUUAUGAGACGAGGAAGCACUCAGUGCUCUUGGGGCAUGUGAGAGGGGCACCUGCCCCAGGCUUUAAAACCAUGGGAAGGAGAGAUUGCUUCUCAGGGACAGGGAGGGGCCCUGCCAGGCUCCGAGGCAAAGGGCAAGCUCCUAACAAGCCUGUUUUCUGGGCAGUGGGACUGGAACCAGGUGGACGAAACUGGAGUAGUACUCAAGGCUUUUCAAUGUCUUCCCUCCACUGGGGGCUCUGAGGGCCAUGACCAGGUCCGCCCUCACUCCCGUCUCCCCAGCCAGGACUUCAGCUCAGCCCAGGGCUGCUCACCCG